GACACAGCCAGAGAACCUUUAAAUAACACUAACGCUCGCACCUUACUCGCUAUACCCUCCUCCCAAGGUUCUAAUUCGGUGGCUAGUAGUGGGAUCUGAGUCUGUACUAUAAAAGAGAUGCUUAGUCAGACUUGAGAACCACUGAGCUGAAACACUGAGGUGGUUCUCACAUCAAGGCAACAAUCUGGUUAGGGAGACCAGACUUAAUGCACAGGAAAAAGGCCAGCGAGCAGCAUGAGGAACUGUGUGGUCCUUGUCGUGGGUAGGAUGGAUCAAGAAGGUUUCACGGAUGUGAACCAUGAACUGGGCUUUGAGGGAACCAUACAGCUCCCAAGCAGGUGCAAAGACAGAAGACAGAAAUGAACGCAGCAUGCUCCUGAAUUUGCUGGAGUGUUGUGAGCAGAGACGAGAGGAACAGAUGAAAUUGGAGAGAAAGCCUGUCUGCCAGGCAGCCUACCAGAAUGACUUGGGUCAAGUGUGGCGGUGGGUGAGAGAAGACAGAGCCUAUAUCAACGUUCGAGAUGGCUUGAAUGGAGACACUCCCCUGAUCUGUGCUUGUAGGCGAGGACACCUGAGAAUCGUUUCCUUCCUUUUAAAAAGAAACGCUGAUGUGAACCUCAAAAACCGGAAAGAGAGAAACUGCUUGCAUUAUGCUGUGAAGAAAAAAUUUACCUUCUUUGAUUACCUACUCAUUAUCCUCUUAAUGCCCGUUCUGCUUAUUGGGUAUUUCCUCAUGGUGUCAAAGACCAAGCAGAAUGAGGCUCUUGUCCGAAUGUUGCUCAAUGCUGGUGUCGAUGUGAAUGCCAAAGACUGUGAUGGCUGCACCGCGCUACAUUAUGCUUGCCAAAUGAAAAACCAGACCCUUAUUCCUCUGCUGCUGGAAGCUCGUGCUGACCCCAUGAUCAAGAACAAGCGUGGUGAGAGUUCCCUGGAUAUUGCGCGGAGAUUAAAGUUUUCCCAGAUUGAAUUAAUGCUAAGGAAAGCAUCAUAAUCUUUGUGGCCUUGCAUGGAGAAGUAGAAGAAGUUAAAGGACUGGAUUCUAUCUCCAUUUUGGACAAUUGGUCUGUGGACCGUUGAACCUGGAUGCUAUGAUUUUUUUUUGGUAACCAUAAUGGUGGUUUCCAUAGUUAACAUUUUGGAAGAGCUUUGUAUUUAGAAUUUUCUUUUGCCCAGUGGAGUUCACCAUGGUCACGAUCCUUCUAGGAGAAACACUAAAGCUCUUGGAGCCUCCAUUUUGGUCCAAAAAAAGGUGACGUUUCAAACUCAGUCUCUUCUGAAGAAGAGGAUCAGAGUUACCUGGUUCGGUUUUCUCAGCUGUGUGGCUCUUACCAAGAGGCUGUCCUGUGGAUAUCAUGCCCAGAAGACAACUCUUUCUCUCCGUCCUUUUUGAGUAGUAAGAGGAAGAUUCAAAGUAUCCAUAUUUGUAUAGACUGAUAUGUUAGAGGGAUGGGAGGUGAGCUUCAUAUGUAAAUAUUUACUUGGUAAAACAACCUCAAUAAAAUCAUCCAUCAGUCGUCAGGGGAGGGAGUAUUUAUGCCACAGUAAUUGGCAAAUGCUACAAGUCAGAGCUUUUUCUUUUUCUUUCCAGAGAGCCAAUUUCUUUUUUUUAAAAUUUAUUU